AACCAAACAGAAACUCAACUGGGUAUUUGAUUUUCUUCAUUCUCCAUACCCAUGAUUUUCAAAGAUAAAAGUUUUCUCCUUUUACCGCAAAGAUUAACAUCACACGCCCAAUUCGAGCUCCAACAAUGGCGGGGCAUAACCAAGGUGAGGCUGAAAUGGGUGAAAAACAAGAGCCUAGACCACAUCAUCGACACCGAGACCGAUCUCAAGGCAGCUUGCCUUCUCAAGGAUGCUAUCAAGCGCUCGCAUACUGAGUUCCUCACAGCAAAGUCUUUUGCCGAGUGGCAAAAGCUUCUUGGCCUCACAGUACCCGUUCUUCGCUUUAUGCGCAGGUACCCUACUCUUUUUGAGGAAUUCCCACAUGCUCGUUAUGCUAAUUUGCCCUGUUUUCGAUUGACGGACACUGCACGUUUGUUAGAUUCACAAGAACAAAGCAUACACCAAUCUCAUGAGAAUGAUACUGUAGAGAGACUUUGUAGAGUUCUUAUGAUGAUGAGAAGUAGGACAGUGCCUAUUCAGUCACUACAUUCUUUGAAAUGGGAUCUUGGAUUGCCAGAUAACUUUGAAAAGGUUCUGGUACCAAAAUACCCAGAUCAUUUUAGAUUUGUUAAGAAUUCCAAUGGAGUUGUGUCUUUGCGACUUGUGCAAUGGCAUGAAGAAUUUGCAGUUUCAGCAUUACAGAGAAGUAAUGAGAUUAGAGAAAUGGGUAAUGAGUAUAGACAAUUUAAGAGGGGGCAAACCGCAUUGGCAUUCCCUAUGAAUUUUCCCAGGGGUUAUGGAGCACAGAAGAAGGUCAAGGCUUGGAUGGAGGAAUUUCAGAAGCUCCCAUACAUAUCACCAUAUGAAGAUUCUCGGCAUAUUGAUCCAAGUAGUGAACUAAUGGAGAAAAGGGCUGUUGGUGUUUUGCAUGAGUUUUUGAGUUUGACCAUUCACAAGAAGACCAAGAGGAACUACCUCAGAAGCUUGAGGGAGGAACUAAAUAUUCCACAUAAGUUCACUCGAUUGUUUACAAGAUAUCCAGGAAUUUUCUACCUCUCAUUGAAGUGUAAGACAACAACGGUAACUCUCAAGGAAGGAUACAAGCGAGGAAAACUAGUAAACCCACAUCCUCUUGCACGUCCUAGGGAGAAGUUUUAUCAUGUAAUGAGAACAGGGCUUCUUUAUCGUGGUAAAGGUGUGAAUUUUUUAUCUCAGCAGGACAUUCUGCUUAAUGACAUGAACAAUGAAGGAAAAGGAGAAGAAGAAGAAGAAGAAGAGAUUGAUGAAAGAGAAAUUGUAACAGAUGAUGAAUGCUAUGCGGAAACUUCAGAGUUAGAAAAUGAAUCAGAUGAAGAAGAAUGAUCAUCUGACAGAAUCAUGCAAUAUUGCAGAAUGAUUUUUUUUUUUUUUUUUUUGGAUAAAAUUAAAAUUUAUUUAUCCAUAAAGACUAGCAGUACAUCAAAGCAGCAGAACAGCUGCUACAAGAAAAGAUAACUACACAAACAACAUUAGUGCUGCCUUAGGUGAUUAAAAGGGAGAGAUGAUAAAAAAUUGAGGUAGGUGCUGCUUUUUAUUUUAUCUCACCCAGAUACUGAAGUUCUUUCAGGGUUGUCCAUUUCUGGACUAGGACUUGUGCUUUAGGUGAACUGAAGUGGUUGGCUUAUAUAUGAAGUUGCUUGUUUUAAUCUAGUAUGUUACUAAUUUCUGUUAGGUCACGGUUUGCAUAGAAGCAAUUAGAGAUAUUAGGAUAUGGUUUGGGAAUUUUGAUCACUGGAUGUGUUCCUCUCUGUUUAUUGUAUUUUUGCGUUUAUGGCACAAAAAUUGGCAUGUUUCCAUCGGUGAAAUUUCUGAUACA